AGGCGCAGCUUCCGGUUCCGGCGGCGCCCCACAAACCUCCGCGACAGAGUGGUGGUGUCCGUUUUCUGGAGUCAGUGUGGGGCUUAGGGUUUCACCCUGGUCCUCCCUCGCCCCCCGAGGUGGCACCUGCCCAGCUGGUUUGAUAAUCCUGGAACUCUGAAACAUCCAAAGUGUUGGACGUGUACACUGCUGGGAUUCUGACAAGUUCUCAUACACUCCAUACACUGAUACAGGAGCUUAGGUUCUUGAUCUUAACCUAGAGGCUUCUUUUUUUUUUAAACCCUAGCAACUGCACCUCUUCAUAAAUUGCUUUGUAGACAUGGCAAAUGUUCUAUAAAAAUGGAAGACGCAAACACCCAUGACUUGGUCGCCUCCCAAAGAAAUCGUGUAUAUAUAAUUGUUUUUGUCUUAACCUGAUGGGAGAAAAAAUGGAUGCAGGAUUCUCCAGCAAGGAAUCUGAAACGUUUUUUUCCCAGAGUUCCGGAAUGGAGACUGAAGGGUACCCAGAGACACAAAGAAAUAGAGAAGUCCAGAAUGAUCAAAUGAGGUCACUACUAAAUGAAAUGAUGGCUGAGGAGCCAGAAGUCGUCCUAAUCCCAGCUUCCCAGGUCCAGGUUCCACGAGAGCCUUCUGGGCUCCCACCAGAGCAGCUCAAUGAAGACUCUGUUGAGGACCUUGAUAACAUGCCACAAAGGAAUCCUCCGAACCCUGCAACUUCCAGGCAGAGGUUCAGGAAGUUCCGCUAUGAGGAUGCAGCUGGUCCCAGGGAUGUCCUCAGACAUCUUCAGGAGCUUGCUGGACAGUGGCUGAGACCUGACAUUCACACAAAGGAGCAGAUUGUGGAAAUGCUGGUGCAGGAGCAAUUCCAGGCUGUGCUGCCUGAGGAGCUCAGAGCUCAAGCCCAGAGAUGUCAGCCUGGAGUCAGAAUCACUGGCUAAACCUUGCUGCUUGCUUCCUGCUCAGCCUGCACGUGAGAAGUAAACAAGAGGUACUCUUUGAUGCAAGAUCCAGCUGUAGCCAUGGGAAACCUGAACCUCUGUUUUCUUUGAGCUUAUCUUUAGUUAUAAUAAGAAUCCAUCAAAACCCAUGUCUAGACCUCUUUUUGGCUGAGACAGCUUUAUUUCCUGGGACUAUGAACUCCUGAAGGAAUUUCUUAGGACAAUCAGCCUUCUGCUUCCAGCUCUUCCAAGAGCUUAUUUUUAUUCUGCUGGAUGCCUCCUUUUUUGCACUUUGUGACAUGCUUUAAUCUAUUGUUGUUAUGUAUCCAAAGAGGUAAUCAGCUUUAACGUUCAGAAUUCAUGGUUCUUGCUUUGGCGGCAUGAAUGGAAGUUUACGUAACUGCACCAGUUACUUAUUUGGGAUGCCUUUGAAAUAUUAAAGUUUGGUCCUUAA